AUGGAUGGAAUGUCUGCUAUGGGAAAAUGGGAACUCGUUACAACUACGGUGAAAAAAUGGAAUGUUGUAAACCUUAUGGAUGGAAUGUCCGUUAAUCAUCGUGAAACUCUUCACGAUGUUGAUGCUUUUUGGAAAAGAAUUGAACUGAAUGCUGAGCUACGGAGUCAGCUACAGAAUGUAGAGGUUGAAGGUACUAGCUCGUUGAUAAGCACCUCCGCAGAGACUCUUAAAACUGCUGUUGGAAACAUUAAUUGUACCAUGGGAAACAUUAAUAACACAUUGAAAUUAUCAGGUAACUCAACGUCCGGGCACAAGCGAGCUUGCGAAAAUGAUACGGAACUGCCAUCAACUCCUCCAAAUAAGGUUAGAAUAUUGGACACGGGAUACAACAGUGAUUUUGGACUCUGUAAUGGGGAAUCUUCCUCAGAUUCUGAAAUUGUGCCAAGAUCACUUACAAAUAUCUUUCUAGAGGCAAAAAAUUUUGGUGAUGGCGAUGAUGAUGAUAACGAAUCUGUAGAAGUCAAUGAACAAAGUAAUCUUGGAAAACCUAUUUCAAAGCCUUUGGAUAGUGAUGAAUAUGGCAAUGUGCCAAAACCCAGGAUUACGAGAAAUAAACCCAAAUAUAUUCAGCAUGACCUUGCACAAAAGUUGCUCACGGAUUUAUGUUUGUGUCCAUUAAAAGGACAUAAAUGGCUAUGGGAUGGUUUUGAUAUCUGUAAUUCUUUUCGAGAUAAUAAGAAUAUUAAAACGCCAUUAAAUAUUGGUGUUGUUAAUUUUCAUAACAACUUAUGUAUACAACCCCUACCAUCAUCUAUGAUCACACAUAUUCAAAAACAAAUGGAAAAUGAAGAUGAAGACUCAAUCUUCUUUGACGAUGGCAAAAAAAUUGGAAUAAAUAAGUUUGCAAUUGACGUUGAUGAUGAAGUUAUGGAAUUUCUGAACGAGUUUCGAGAUUGUGUAAGUUUACAUGUUUAUUACAAAAUUAAAGAUUACUAG